ACCACAACUUCCCCUGUUGGCUGUGAGGUACGCAACAUUCGAAUUUUCACCAGCACAGAGAAAAAGAAACCACCCACUAGUCAUCGUGUUUACUGCGGCCACUGAAGGAGCCCAGUUGUCCGUGUCGAGCCUCUGGAAACAUGGCCAUGGGGGACAGGAGCCCGCUACUCGUUAUCAGUCUGUGGAUGUGUUUCGGGAGAGCCGCUGCCUUCACAGAACCAUACGUGUGUUACGUGCUGGAUGGCAUCCUGUUUUUGUACGGCAUUAUCCUGACGGCGCUCUACUGCAGAAUCAAGGUCAACAAUGCGAGGCUGGCUAAAGCUAAGAUCGGCAAGCCGGCCAAGAAGAGUACUGAUGAGAGCCUCUACUCGGGGUUGACUCCCCACGCCGCGGACACGUAUGAGACUAUUGGGCAGAAGAAGUGAUUCAAUAAGCGAGAGACAGAUGCCAUUCUUCUACAUCUUUUAUAUAUAUUUAAACUUAGCAUAUCUAACCCUGCUUUUAUUUUUGAGAGAAUGAGAGAAUGCGUGCAGUGUUCAUUUCCCUUUUGCUAUUUUCUUUCUAAUGUUAUUACAAAGGACGACAGGGAAGUUCAGCUGAAGAUGGGAAACUGUUUUCGCCUGUUUUCUUUCUUGCACAUUCUUGCAUUUUUAAACUGUUAUGCUUCCGACACAUUAUGUACAAAAACUCAAAUUAAAUGAAUGUUACAUUUUGUCUUUAAACUGUCCAACGAUCUAUCGCUUUGAGGCCAUCGGUAAGGCAUCUUAUGUAGGAGAGCCAAACACAAGAUGGUGUGAGUGAAUACAUUUAAAGCCAUUUUCAAGCCUGAGAUACUGAGCAGUGUUACCUGUACGCCACAGGAUGGCAGUGACACACACACACACACACACACACACACACACACACACACACACACACACACACACACACACACACACACACACACACUGUUUUGUAUGUAAAGUGCUGCCUAUAGGAUGCAUAGAGCUCUUGUACGAAUAAAAUCAAUGUGAACUUGCUCAUUA